AUGCACACCGCGAGGGCGACUGAUUUCUGCAGUGCAAAGGGAAUUACCUGGCACUUCAUACCUCCCAGAGGCCCACACUUUGGCGGGAUCUGGGAGGCUGGAGUUAAAUCGAUGAAGUACCUACUGAAACGUGUCGUUGGAGAAACUCGAUUGACCUACGAGGAAAUGGCAACUUUCCUCGCCGAAGCUGAAGCUGUAUUGAAUUCGCGUCCAUUGUGUCCUCUUUCGAACGACCCAAGUGACUUGGAAGCCCUGACCCCGUCGCAUUUCCUCAUUGGGCGUCCCGGUCAGGCAAUCACCAAGCCGUCGUAUAGUCAACAGAAGAUCAACAGGCUGUCAAGGUGGCAGCACGUGCAGAGUAUGAGAGAGACUUUGGAUUCGAAACCGACUAUCGUCCGUUAA